AUGUCGCUCAAGCAGGAAAUCCAGACUUGGGUGACUGCGCUCGAGGCCUACGACAAUAACGAAUUCGACCAUGCGCUGAGACACUUCGAGCAAAUCGCGGAUACGUCAAAGAUAUUGUUCAACGUUGGGGUGAUCAAUGCGACUCUGGGCGAACAUGCGAGGGCAGUGGAAAGCUACCAGCGCGCAGUCCACCUGGACCAGUACCUGGCAGUGGCAUACUUCCAGCAGGGCGUCAGCAACUUCUUGAUGGGCGACUUCGAAGAAGCACUCGCAAACUUCAACGAUACUCUGCUAUACCUGCGCGGCAACAACAACAUCGACUACGAACAGCUCGGGCUGAAGUUCAAGCUGUACUCGUGCGAAGUGGUCUUUAACCGAGGGUUGUGCUACAUAUAUCUGCAACAGAAAGAUGCCGGGAUGAAUGAUCUGAUUGUUGCGGCGAGGGAGAAGCGAGUGCCGGACCAUGAUGUGAUUGAUGAGGCGAUCAAGGAGCAGGCGGAGGGAUAUACCGUAUUCUCGAUACCCGUGGGUGUGGUAUAUCGGCCGAAUGAAGCCAAGGUGAAGAACUUGAAGACGAAGGACUACCUGGGCAAGGCAAGGCUUGUCGCGCAGCAGGAACAUCAGCAGAAUCUGGACCCACGAAGACAAGCUGCGCUUGCAGCAAUGGCGAUUGAUGACCGGCCAGGAGACAAGCUGUCGUAUGCUGCGCUGAACUUGGUCCGGCCUGAUCUGAGGAGUAGAUCACGACAGCAGUCGGAGCCGCCGUUAAAUCGACACGUCUUCCCGCCUACACCGCCACCAGAGCCUGAACAACAACCACAGCAACAGACAGAGUCAUCGCACGGUCAUACAAGACGAAGGUCGAACGAUAGCGGACACUCCUCCAAUAGCUUACUACAGUCUCGGCCUGCCGCCAAGUCGCUGCGACUCGAACUCGGCGCCGCUGCUUUCGAGCAGAGAACACAACCCCAACCACCAACACAACCACAGCAAUCCCAACAUGCCUUGGACAAACCACGAAUAGCACCCAAACGCUCCGAAUCCGAACGCCCCGCCUUCCGCAGAGAAUACUCCAACACAUCCAACCGCACCUACGACAGCCUCCGCCAACCCUCCGACCGACGACCCGACCACCUCAUCCCCGAAGUCCGAGUCGUCGAAGACCCCAUCUCCGCUACCGACUUCGCCUCCAGCCCCCCACAACAACGAACACACCACCGCUCCCGCUCCAGCGCCAACACCUACAAACCGCAACCCGUCAACCAACCCCUCACAAUCUCCGAAGAGGAAGAAGAGGAAGAUGAUAGUUCCGACCCCGCGGAGCCGCCUCUAGCAUUCGAGAUCAUCCCGCCACGACCGGCGCUGCAUCAGCGACAGCGGUCGUAUGCGCGACGGGCCCCGGAGCUGAAGAAGGUGCGGAUUAAGGUGCAUGCGGAGGAUAUGCGGUAUGUGAUGACGACGCCGGAUGUGACGUAUCCGCAGCUCGCGGAGCAGAUACGGGGCAAGUUUGGGUUAGGGGUGGAGUUUAAGUUGAAGAUGAAGGAUGAGGAUGGCGAUCUGGUUGUUCUCGGAGAUCAAGACGAUCUCGACAUGGCUUUGUCGAUAUGUAAGAGUGCGGCGGCCAAGGAGAAGGCGGAUAUGGGCAAGAUGGAGCUGUGGGUGCAGGAGAGAUCAUGA